AUGCAAUGGCGAGCGCUCGUCCUGGGGCUGGUGCUCCUCCGGCUUGGCCUCCAUGGAGUGCUGUGGCUCGUCUUCGGGCUGGGGCCCAGCAUGGGCUUCUACCAGCGUUUUCCGCUCAGCUUCGGCUUCCAGCGCCUGAGGGCCCCCGACGGCCCCGUCUCUCCUGCCUUAGGGCCCGCGGGCCCGUCGGGGCCGUCGUGGCUGCAGCCGCCGGUCCCCGGGGCGGCGGCGGGGCGGCGGCGGGCUCCGCGGCGGCCCGGGCCAGGCAUGUGCGGCCCGGCCCACUGGGGCUACGUGCUGGGUGGCCGGGGCCGCGGCCCGGACGAGUACGAGAAGCGCUACAGCGGCGCCUUCCCGCCCCAGCUGCGCGCCCAGAUGCGCGACCUGGCGCGGGGCAUGUUCGUCUUCGGCUACGACAACUACAUGGCGCACGCCUUUCCCCAGGACGAGCUCAACCCCAUCCACUGCCGCGGCCGAGGGCCGGACCGCGGGGACCCUUCAAAUCUGAACAUCAAUGAUGUCCUAGGGAAUUAUUCAUUGACUCUUGUUGAUGCAUUGGAUACGCUUGCAAUAAUGGGAAAUUCAUCCGAGUUCCAGAAAGCAGUCAAGUUGGUGAUCAACACAGUUUCAUUUGACAAAGAUUCCACCGUGCAAGUCUUCGAGGCCACAAUAAGGGUCCUAGGAAGCCUCCUUUCUGCCCACAGAAUAAUAACUGACUCCAAGCAGCCCUUUGGUGACAUGACAAUUAAGGAUUAUGAUAAUGAAUUGUUGCACAUGGCUCAUGACCUGGCUGUGCGGCUCCUCCCUGCUUUUGAAAACACCAAGACAGGAAUCCCCUAUCCUCGGGUGAACCUGAAGACUGGUGUUCCUCCCGACAGCAAUAAUGAGACCUGCACAGCAGGAGCUGGUUCCCUCCUGGUGGAAUUUGGGAUUCUGAGCCGACUCCUGGGGGAUUCUACAUUUGAGUGGGUGGCCAGACGUGCUGUGAAAGCCCUUUGGAACCUGCGGAGCAAUGAUACAGGAUUAUUAGGCAACGUGGUGAACAUUCAGACGGGCCACUGGGUCGGAAAGCAGAGCGGCUUGGGUGCUGGACUGGACUCCUUCUAUGAAUACCUCUUGAAGUCUUACAUUCUCUUUGGAGAAAAAGAAGACCUAGAAAUGUUUAAUGCUGCAUAUCGGAGUAUUCAGAACUACUUAAGAAGAGGUCGGGAAGCCUGUAACGAAGGAGAAGGAGACCCCCCGCUCUACGUCAAUGUGAACAUGUUCAGUGGGCAGCUGAUGAACACUUGGAUUGACUCGCUACAGGCUUUCUUCCCCGGCUUGCAGGUUCUGAUAGGAGAUGUGGAAGAUGCCAUCUGCCUCCAUGCCUUUUACUACGCCAUAUGGAAACGCUACGGGGCCCUCCCUGAGAGGUAUAACUGGCAGCUACAGGCCCCUGACGUGCUCUUCUACCCGCUGAGACCGGAGUUAGUGGAAUCUACGUAUCUACUGUACCAGGCAACCAAGAAUCCCUUCUACCUCCAUGUAGGAAUGGAUAUCCUGCAGAGUCUGGAAAAGUACACAAAAGUCAAGUGUGGGUAUGCUACGUUGCAUCACGUCAUAGAUAAAUCCAAAGAGGACCGGAUGGAGAGCUUCUUUCUCAGCGAGACCUGUAAAUACUUGUACUUGCUAUUUGAUGAGGAGAAUCCAGUCCACAAAUCUGGAACCAAAUACAUGUUUACAACUGAGGGACACAUUGUAUCUGUGGACAAACAUCUUCGGGAAUCACCCUGGAAGGAAUUCUUUUCUGAAGACGGAGGGCAGAACCAAGAGGGAAAGUCUGUGCACAGGCCUAAAUCUCCUGAGUUAAAAGUCAUCAAUUCCAGCUCCAAUUGCAAUCGUGUUCCUGACGAGAGGAGAUACUCCCUGCCCUUAAAGAGCAUCUACAUGAGACAGAUUGACCAGAUGGUUGGCCUGAUUUGA